GCGGCGGCGGCGGCGGCGGAGGAGUGGUGUGUGUGCGAGCGUGUGUGGCUGGGGGAAGCCAUUGCCUGUUUAAUAGUUGCUGUUGCUGCACUUCCGCUUCUCUCCCAGCGAGAGAGAGACACGAGUGGCCAGGCCCAGCCGCAGCCGCAGCAGCAGCCGCCGCGGCGGCACGGAGGAGCCAGACACAAAGAGAGGGGCUGUUUGCGGGGUGGGGUGGGGGGUUCGCUAUGUCGGAUGACGAUUCGAGGGCCAGCACCAGCUCCUCCUCAUCUUCGUCUUCCAACCAGCAAACCGAGAAAGAAACAAACACCCCCAAGAAGAAGGAGAGUAAAGUCAGCAUGAGCAAAAACUCCAAACUCCUCUCCACCAGCGCCAAGAGAAUUCAGAAGGAGCUGGCGGACAUCACUUUAGAUCCUCCACCUAACUGCAGUGCUGGUCCCAAAGGUGAUAACAUCUAUGAAUGGAGAUCAACCAUUCUAGGGCCUCCAGGAUCCGUGUAUGAGGGUGGCGUAUUCUUUCUCGAUAUCACUUUUACACCAGAGUAUCCCUUCAAGCCUCCAAAGGUUACAUUUCGGACAAGAAUCUAUCAUUGUAAUAUUAACAGUCAAGGUGUUAUUUGCUUGGACAUAUUGAAAGAUAAUUGGAGUCCAGCACUAACCAUUUCUAAAGUCCUCCUUUCUAUCUGCUCACUUCUUACAGACUGUAAUCCUGGUAAGGUUAAUAAUUCUUUACCUUGUUUUAUUCUUCCUCACCUGCAAAGUACUUGUUUCCAAAAGCUUUCAAAGGGCAAAACUAAUUUUUCUGCAAAACUUUAUGAAUAUAAAAACUAAUCUGCUUUUCAAAAGUUUUAAUCGAGAAGUUCAGUCUACUAGUUGAGACAUACAACUUCAUUAAUCAGUAUAUUCUAGCAACAGAGUAUUUUAAACUGAAGACUUAAGUUUGCCUUGGGCUUUUACAGUUUCAGUUAUUCUUCCUCAUCUUUUUUUUUUUUUUUCCUGUUGCUUAAUUUCCCAUAUAGUUCUUAUAAAACAAAUCAUACACUUCUAAAUGUCAAGUCAUCUGCCUGGCAAGCCUCACCUUGCCUGUGGGGUUCAGUGGGCAUGCGCCCCAUGGCUGGUCACUGAGAUGGCACUCAAUUUUGAAAAUGGUAUUUGUUAAAUACUUAGUGACUAUUGAAUUGUGACUUUUUUGGGACUUCAUUUCAUUUAAAAAAUAUUUUUCUGUAGUCCCAGCUACUAGGGUGGCUGAGGUGGCAGGAUUGUUUGAACCCAGAAGGCCAAGGCUGCAGUGAGCCAUGAGCAUGUCGCUGCACGGAACUCCAGCCUGGGUGGCAAAGCGAGACCCUGUCUCAAAAAAAAUAUAAAUAUAUAUAUAUAUGUGUGUGUGUGUGUGUGUGUUUGUCGAUACUUAAUUGGAGGUCCAGGUUUUGCCUGGCAACCUGGCUCUUUAACCAGUGUAAAGGUAAAUAGUGUUGCAUUGCAGCAGCCCCGAAGACUUCACAGUAUUCACAAUGCCGUAACUGGUGACAUUGAGCUAAGGGUCACAUGAACACAGCUGGAUGCUCAUUGUAGUCUGGAGCCUUGACCGUUCCAGUCUCUAUUGAACUCAGCCUAACACAUAAGAGUAAAGAAACUCCAAUCGGGUGUUGUUUAUUGGGAGAAAAAUGGAAUGAACUAAGAUAGAGACAGACCAGUACACUAGAGCCUGAGCGUUCCCUCUUCCUCCCAUGUUACGAUUUUUAAAUUUUUGAUGGAAAAAUAUCCAGCAUGGUGGAGUGGUGUUUCGAAGAUGGGUUUGAUCACACAUACUUGGUUGUACAUGUCUACCCAAGCUGUCACUAAUGUAUUUGCUAAAGUUUAAAAUGUUCUUUUCCUUUCUCCAAAGUAAUCUACAUUCUUUUC